ACUCAGAGCUUCUGUUAACGCACAAAGAGUUAAUUUUCUCUCGAAUGAUUGGCUCUGGUUAGCUAGCUAGCUUCACACAACACGGAAAGAAAACAAUUUGUUCGAAUUUGUGCCAAAAUACGCCAUUUUUGACUGAGGAGAUCUUAGCAUGCUACAUGCUAUCGGAAAAAAAAAAAAGCCCGUUCACGCGCCCCUUCCCUUCUCUGAUGCGCGAGAGGGAAACUUUCCCACAAGCUGUGGACUUCUGAGAGGGAGAGACGCGCUCGCGCUGCGAAUCCGAUUCACACACACACACACACACACACACACGCAGAGACACGCGCGCGCGCAGAGCUCGCGCUCCAGCAGCAGCAGCAACAGCUACAGCGCAGUAACAGCCGUUAGUUGGUUUUAGUUAGUUUAAUCUGAAGAAUAAUGUCUUUUAAUCGACUGGUAUGCUAAAUUUGGAUACUUUUCUCAAACGGUUUCUCAAAGUAAACUAACGAGGAAGGAUUUAAAAAAAAAAAAAAAAAAAAAAAAACAUACCAUUUCUGUUAAAGAUGAACAGCCAAAUGGAAAACGAGACUAGUGAAUACAGCAACGGCCCCGAGGAAGAGGUGCGGACUCUGUUUGUCAGCGGUUUGCCAUUGGACAUCAAACCCCGUGAGCUUUACCUGCUGUUCAGGCCAUUUAAGGGAUAUGAAGGUUCGCUGAUCAAACUUACAUCAAAACAGCCGGUCGGCUUUGUGAGCUUCGACAGCAGAUCAGAGGCUGAAGCAGCCAAGAAUGCCCUGAAUGGAGUUCGUUUUGACCCGGAGAUUCCCCAGACUUUACGGCUGGAGUUCGCCAAAGCCAACACAAAGAUGGCCAAGAGCAAACUGGUAGGGACGCCCAACCCCCCUCCAUCUCAGCAGAGCCCUGGACCGCCUUUCAUCAGCCGGGAAGCUUAUGAGCUCACAGUUCCUGGUCUGUAUCCUAGCAACCCUGACGUGUGGGCAUCGUACCCGCUGUACCCUGCUGACCUAUCACACACCCUCGCACCCGCUUUCACCUACCCCUCCUCCCUACACGCUCAGAUCCGUUGGCUCCCUCCAGCUGACGCUCAGGGCUGGAAGUCCAGGCAGUUCUGCUGAAAUACGUGUUCCUUAUGUGUGAUGGUGGCCAUGGAUGGCCUUGAGCUGCUACCCCCUCCAACUCUGUUUCUGUCUCCGACUUUUAAUGGAUCUUUCUUUAUUUCUUCCUUCCUCUCUCUCUGUCUCUCUCUCUCUCUUUUCACAAAGUCCAAACCAGGGACCUCCAGACUCGCCUUCCUCAGUCAUGGACCACAGUAGGACCAGAAUGGAGAUAAGAAUGUGAUGGACAAUAUGUGAUGAAGAAUAUGAUGUACAAGGAAAUAAAGGGAGAGAGCAAGACAAAAAAGACAAAGGAAGGAAGAAAGAAUAGAAAUGGAGAAAGAGAGGGAAAGACAACAUGAGAGAGGGAGAAAAAGGGAGCACAAACGCAGGAUAGCAGGAAUAAGAAAGCAACAAAUGAGAAAAGAAGAGGAGGAAAGGAGCAAGUGUGAAUGUAUAGUAUGAAAUGACUUGUGGGCUCUCUCUCUCUCUUUCUCUCUCUCUCUCGUUCCACCAGGUCACCAACUCUUCCCCCCGGGUUUAUAGAGCAAAUCAAGACCAGCUCUGCCUCCAUCACACAUCCCCCUCCCCUUUCUCUACUGUUACACCACUGACACUUUUAUGGAAGGAGUGCACAUGGGCCUGUAUCGCUCUCUCUCUCUCUCUCUCUCUCUCUCUCUCUCUCUCUCUCUCUCUCUCUCUCUCUGCACACUAUUCACUAAGACCAGGCACGUUCCCAUAAUCAAUCAUACUAUAUACUAUAAGUUAUAGUAUACUAUAACAUACUAUAUACUAUAAGUUAUUGUAUACUAUACAAUCUUUCUUUCCUUCUCUCCUUCUACUAUAUUCACUACUAUACUACUAUACUAUAUAACUAUAUUCACUCCAUCCCACUCCAUGUCUCCUCUCUCUCUCUCUCUCUCUCUCUUUGUCUUUCUUGAUAUUCAAUCAUAUUUCACAGUAUAUCAAUGCACAGUAUUUUCACUAUGGCUGUGUUCCAGUUUUACAGAUGAGGCUUCCUAUAUAGGCAGCAUUUGUGCAUCUAUUCAGUCUACAUUCUGUGCCAUUCUGCCUUCAGCUGUUGUCUGUUUUAAAGAAAGAUUGCAUGCGUGAGUCAAUGAAGGGAAUCCAAAAAUUCUGUUCACUGCGUGAGAGUACAGUAUUGUGAUAAUAUUGUAUACUUAACUCCGAUUACUGUGAUUUGAAAAUGUAACACACUCCUACAUUGCCAGUCGAAGGUUUUUGGAACAGUUUAAUCACUAUUAUUGCAGCAACUCAAACAAAAAGCAGUUAAAUACAGAAAGCUAAAUCUGUGUGGAAAUUAUUAACUGCUUGCCCUAACAUCCUAAUGCGACUCUGAAUGAGUGUUUAGUAAAGACAGGCUCACCUGGAGGGUAAAACCAUAAAGUCUAUAGAUAAAAGACAGAAAUAUGUGGUAUGCAUAAAGUUCCUAUAUACAGUCAUAAAGAUUUAGGGGUUUUCUGAGCAGAUUAGAUCUAGAUUGUUCCAACAUUUAACACUAAAUAUUCAACAAUAAACAUUUCUCAAAUCAUUACACAUUUAAUAAUAAACAUUUCUCAAGUCAUUAAACAUUAAAUAAUAAACAUUUCUCAAGUCACUAAACAUUAAAUAGUAAACAUUUCUCAAGUCACUAAACAUUUAAUAAUAAACAUUUCUCAAAUCAUUACACAUUUAAUAAUAAACAUUUCUUGAGUCACUAAACAUUUAAUAAUAAACAUUCCUCGAGUCACUAAACAUUUAAUAAUAAACAUUCCUCGAGCCACUAAACAUUAAAUAAUAAACAUUUCUCAAGUCACUAAACAUUAAAUAAUAAACAUUUCUCGAGUCACUAAACAUUUAAUAAUAAACAUUUCUCAAGUCACUAAACAUUUAAUAAUAAACAUUUCUCAAGUCACUAAACAUUAAAUAAUAAACAUUUCUCGAGUCACUAAACAUUUAAUAAUAAACAUUUCUCAAGUCACUAAACAUUUAAUAAUAAACAUUCCUCGAGCCACUAAACAUUUAAUAAUAAACAUUUCUCGAGUCACUAAACAUUUAAUAAUAAACAUUUCUCGAGUCACUAAACAUUAAACAAUAAGCAUUUCUCGAUUCACUAAACAUUUAGUAUUAAACACUUAUACCCUGGUUUGAAAAAUGCCAAGGUUUAGGCUUUUGGCUGGCAGCGUAACAUAAAGCUCCAUGCUAGGGCUGAUCAGAUCUCAGUCAGGUUGUGUGUGUUCAGGAUGCAGGCAAUAUAUGUCACUCCUUCCAUUUAAAUGCUGUGGUUGUGUAUUAAUCAAUAUUAUCUGUAUAACCUAUAUUAUCAUUGUUGUUGCUAUUUACACUGAUUAUAAUUAGCAAACUGCGAUCAAGUUGAAGCAUGACGUUAUCAGAAUGAUGAUGCUGUACAUUUUUAGGCCUUUUGAAGACAAAUACAGAAGUAUUUUUAUAAUCAGGUGAAUGUUUUCAGUGUGUGUUAUGUGUAUGGGUGUGUGAGGAUUUCAAAAUGUUUUUACUUUCCUGCUUCAUUCCAGCUGCCAAAGACAAUCAGAAUGAAGAUUUCUCUGAUGACUUUCUGUUUAAUAAUAGUACAUAUCAUAUAUUUCAAAACCAAAGACUUACAGUACGUGUACAUGUGCAGAUCAUCAGUUACACCACAGUAUAUACAAUAUUCAUUAUACCAUCACCGGGAAACACAUCUGUGAAAAGAUUAUUAUUAUUAUUUUUUUAGGGAAGUGUUUUCCUGUCAAUAUCCAUAGACCCAGGUGGUGAUAAUUGAAAUUUUACUUUUUUGAGGUGAAAUGAUCCAAAUAAAAACACUUCCUUGUGACACAGUAUUGAAAAUUGCUCAACUCAAUUACCAGAUAAUCCACACACCAAUACGACAGCGAGUCAACCAGAAUUAGCAUGUACAACAUCUACAUUAAAAGAUAUAUCUUAAUGCUAAAUAUAGAGGCAGACGUACACUGUGCAGAUGAUGUAUGAUCCUCAGGUCAAGUCUUUACAUCUAUAGUGACAUGCCUUCCUUUUUUUCUUCUUGUUUUAUUAUAGUGAAAUUAGGAUUAUUGUAGUGAUCUUUCGGACAAAAGCUAUUUAUUAAAGGGAUUUAAAAGGUUUCAGCAUUAACCACUGCUGUGUAAAGUAAUCAUCAGGUGACGAUUUUGAGAUUCUACCCAGAGCUCGUUACCUUCUCUGACUAGAAUAUUAUUAGUUUUAAUCUAUAAUAGUGUGGACAGUGCCAAAAUUCUAAUGAUCACAACUUCAACAAAGUUAUAAAUGAUUUUUACAAGUCAGAAACUUUAAUUACUGUAAUUAUAUGACAUGAAUAUAUUGCAAGAAAGGCUUCAGCUCAGGAACGCACACACAUGCUGAAGUACAGGCAACACUAUCAGGACAAAAACUACACACAAUUAUGGGUUAAUUGCCAUUUUAGGGCCAUGACAAACAUAAAAUAAAGAAAGUGAUGUGUGGCGGUCUGGGAAAACCCUUCAGAGACCUUUUCUACUAUAAAUAGUGCUGAAAAGUACAGGUGAGAAAGAAAUAUGUUUCUCUUUUGUAUGUAUCUGAACCAAAAGUAAAAUUCCUGCAUUUUAAAAUAUUAAAUCUCGAUUCCAUUGAAAGAUGCCCCGCUCACCUCUACGUUUAUAACCAAAGCUACUUACGGAAAAACAACAUAUUGACAAAUUAUAAACAGUUAUAAUUUUACAGUGGGGAAAGAAAAGUUCUGACCUUGAUAAUUAACAUCUUGUGAUUAAAUUUCUUGUUAUUUUUUCUUUUCAAUUGGUCAUUUAAACAUUUUUUAAGUGCCCUUCGAUGAUGACAUAUUCAUUCAUUGAUCUUUGGUAAGCGCUUUAUCCUAUUCUCAGGCUCGCUGUGGAUCCUGGAUACACUAGUCUGGGAUGGUAGGCCAUCGCAGUGCAUCUUUCACACACACAUUCACACAUUCACCCAGGGGCAAUUUGAUGAUGUUUUGGGGAAAAAAUCUUAAGUUUUUCUUAGAGAAGUCAAAGCGCAUUACUGGUGGAAAAACCUCAAUUUUCUUUAAAAAAUGUAGUUUAUGGCUUGUUUUCAGAAUUCAGCCACAGCGACAUCUGAUGGGUUUUCCCAGGCUGCCACACAUAAAUGUUGAUUUUUUUUCCUUUGUGCCUGUGUCUUUUACACCAGAGCAACUUAGUGUCAGAUCCUGCCUUCAAGUCCUGUCAGAAAUAUCGUAAUUACGAGGUGAGCACACUUGAACGCCAGCACAGUGUCGUAAUCACAAUUCAGGAAUUUUUCUAUGAGCCCUGACUUUCUGAGUUGGGGGUGUGACAAUUACCAAAAAAGUAAUGGCGCUCUCCAAUAUGAAUGUGACACCUACAGCAGACGGUUCUUUUGACUUCUUGUCAUUGAUGAUACAAACAAACAAAAAAAAAUCGCAGCGCCAAAGUUUCUGUCUGCCUAAACCACUUAACACACACCCACGAACUUCCGAAGAGAAUUUGAAGACAGCAUUAGACCUAACUUAUUUUUUCUGGUGUUUUUAGACUAAAUGUAGUUCCAUAUUUAUGUUUGGCUGUUCUGAUUCUGCUUUACUUCAGUAGCCAGUUCGAUUUAAAUUCGAUCAUAGCGUCAGUUUCCUUUACACUGCUACGUUUCAGACCUACUAAGAAGGUGCUCAGAAGGUGUGAGCUGGACAUACGAAGCUGUGGAUCCUGUGUGUGUGUGUGUGUGUGUGUGUGCAUGGUUGUGGCAUGUUUCUUUUUGAUUUCUGUUUUCUCCAUUGUCUGUAUGAUAUUAAGUUGGAAUGUUACCUGAUCUCGUGAGUGUGUUUUGCCAGCAGAUACUGUAUAAAACAUCUUUGUGUAAAAUCAAUAAAGAUUUUUAUACGUAUGUAA